GCUAUGCUGGUUGAAAACCGAGCUUGAAAGGGAAAAUAUUAUUAACUCAUGUUUUGAAAACCCUAGAAGGACAAGAAGACACUGUUUCUUGUGUAAUACUAUCGCUCUGAAAAGCAAAAGCGCCACACUUCACAGUGAGACAAACCGAAUAGCCGGUCGGCGUGGUACGAACCCUAAAGUAAUGGCUUUUCUCUUUUUGAAAAAAUAAAUACAAAUAAAAUUCUUUGACACUUGUAUCAGCUGCCAAAGAAACGCUUGAACCCAAGAAACCUCUCUCUCUCUCUCUCUCCUUUUCAACCCAUCAAACAAAAGCUCUUUAUUUCUGCAAAAACAAUAAGAAAGGCCAGCCCUAGGUCCCCUCCUUCCUCUCGCUAUCGAGACUCGAGACACUGGAAAACGAAACAUCCCCUUCACAUUAAAAUAACGUUCUUUAUUAUCCCCAGAUAAACAAAAGAAAGAAAGAGACCAAGAAAAAGAGAGCUAGUGUGAUUUUGGGAUAAACCCAGAAGAAAAAAUGAAGGUUAAGCGAAAAGGUAAUGUGUACCAGUUCCUAUCUUCACCACCCCCAUCACCAUCUUCUUCUCCGCAUAAAGAUCCUGACUCAGUUUUGAAGCUACUCCCAGUGACCAUCCUAGCCCUAGCAUUUUCACUCCCUAAUCAAGACCGUGAAGUUUUAGCCUACUUGAUUUCAAGGUCCAUUAUUGCUACAUGUUCUUCUUAUAAUGCUAUAAACCAACAUCAUUCCAACAGCAAGUGCAGAACUACUGCUGCUACCAGUGGAAAGAGCAAAAGUGUUAAGAAGGUGCCGCCUUUUGAAUGCGGGUGUUUUGAUUGUUACACUAGCUUUUGGCAUAGAUGGGAUUCAUCUCCAAAUAGAGAACUCAUUCACCAACUUAUUGAAGACUUUGAAGAGCAUUUGCUUGUCAAUGAGUCUCCCAGAAAAAACAACAGAGGUGGUAAAAAGAGAGGUAAUACUACUAAAAGAGUUGAUGUCAUCAAACAGGCUGAGGAAAAGAAACCAGAAAUAGUACUACCUGUUGCUGAGGAUGAAUGUGCAGUGGUAACGGUGUUGCCAGAAAAAAAAUUUGACGGUGUGGAUAUGAAGGAAAAUGGAGUUGUUUGCAGAGAACAUGAAGAAGAAGAAGAAGAGAAGAUAGGUAUUAAUGAGGUGACAAAGACUAUUGAAAUGGAAGUGGUGACCGUACAAGCAAUGGGCUUGGGUGCUGAUUGCCACAAGGGUUUUGCCAGGAAGGUAUUGCCGGACGUGGUGGGUUUGUUGAACUCUCGUUUAUGGAGCCUUUGGAGUCCGAGCAUUUAAUUUAAUUCUGCAGUUACUAGGUAGACAAGAAAACGAAAUUUUCAUAUUUUAGCAUUCAGUUUCUUAGGAGAAUUACAUAUUUUGUUCUUGGUAGUAAUUUAGAAAAUGUUAUGCCAUUAAUUUAGGGUUUUGGCGUUUGUGGGGGGUACAAUUCCAGAAUUUCUUGACACAGGCUAUAGGGACAGGGGGCCAGAAGUGCAGAAACAGUUUUAAAGUAUAUUAAUCAGGGGGGGAUGAAUUCUAUUUUAGCUUUCUUUCCAUUCAUUUCAUGGACUAAUUAUCAGUUAUUACACAGUUGAGUUGAUGGUGACUUGAGUGAAAAUUAGAAUCUUUUACUGUCUCAUUUCAUUUUCGAUAUGAGGAAAGCUUGACCACUGAUGAAGGAACUUAAUGAUCUAAGACUAGCUUAGCUAAUUCAAUCUACUGCCAUUACUAAGGGCAGUAGAUUGAAGACAGAGUGGAGCACCACCUUUGCUGUCAUAUUUACGUAUUCAGUGUGGUUACUACUUGAAGCACGGGGACCAGAGUCACGGGCAAAUAUCUAAGAUUAGUCAAACAGAAAAGCAAGAGAUUUUGUAGUUUAAACCUAAUGAAUUAGGUUUUGUCAAACUGAUAGGAUAUCCUCGCCACCGCCGUCGAUAUCGGUGAUAUUUUGUUUAUUAUUAUUUUUUUUUUAUAUAGUUACUUUUUAAAAAUAA